AUGACGAUGAAAUUUGUUAUAAAUUUCUGUGCCCUUGAAAAAGAUCUGAAAACGGUUCUGGAAGCUGACUGGAAAGACCAGAGGGAAAACGACGUCAUGGCUAGUUUGCUAUUAAGCAUCUCAUCUCUCUUGUGCAUGAAAUUAGUAACUUAUUUACUAUCUGUCUUUAUUUUCAGACUAUUACCUGAGAUCCAACCAAGAAGUACAUCAGAAUUCAGUCAUCACUGGCGCAGGUUUGCUGGGAGCUCAUAUGAAAAGUAUAACCUCCUUGUCAGUCUGGGAGGCAAAGCUUUGCUGGAAAUCUUCAGCACUGAGUUUGCCUUUGGCUUUCUAGGAGGGUUCAUUCUGAUUCUAUCACAGUGUCUCAAGUCAGAGAACAAGGAAAAAGUGAUCGGAGUGUUGGACGGGCUCUCCAAGACUGGCCGUUUUAGCCUCAACCAAUCUCUGCUUAGUCAGGCGGAACAAAAAUCCUGUGAGGAGUUUUUCAACAAGCUGCAGGUUGCAGUUGGAGAACGUCAUCGUUCUAAAGAGGAUUCUUCUUGCUUUUCUGUGGGCAGCAAUAAACCUUCAGGGGUUUUUGUGAGCCAGUCAGCCAAAUGUGAAUGCAGAUGACAAUGGCAUAAU